AUGUGGACAUUGUUGAGCGUGGUGGUGUUAGCGGCGGUGUGUGUGGGUCGCCCCGACAGCUUGGAGGAGGAUGUGGGGUUGUUCUCCUCUGACGUCCUGCAGCCCCGAGCUGUUCCCAACCCUAAAACACCCAACCAGAUCCUCGAUGCCAUCGCUGAGGGUGCCGUCAAAGAGAUAAUUAAAAUGGGCUGGGGCGAGUCUAAGAGGGCGAGGACCGGUUUCUCCGAGAUUCCCUUUAAAGUGAACAAUAACUCAAACAGCCUAGAAAAGUUUGAAAUCUCCAAAGCUAAAAUCAGAGGCCUGGCAUCCCUUACACGUUCUAGGUCGGCCUCCUUCAACGACGACCAGACUCAACUGAAAGGAACACUGAUGGUGGAGAACGUCUGUAUCACCGCUAAUUACUGCAUCAUAUUUGCCGGCGUGGAAGAGGCCCCCUCCCAGACUUUCAAUGGAGAGGUAACCGAGUGCGUGGAGAAGCUCUUCGCCGACCUCGAGGUUGGACUGUUGGAAUUGGUGCCACAGAACAUCCAGAAUUACAUUGUGCGUUCUGGCCAUGAUUCCCUCGACAAAAUGACUAACUUGGACGGAAACAAGAUGGCCAAAGUACAUAUAGCGGGUGUUAGAAAGUCCCUGCGUCAGGAACUAGAGAGGACCAUGAACUCUAACAUGAAGGUUAUGAUCAAUAGAGCCAUCAAUGCGAUGAAGAAGGCCGCGACUGAAGCUUAAAAUGAUCCAGACCACCACAACAUUACCGACCCCUGACCUCCACCAUAUUGUAUGUCUUGACCAUGAGCGACUAUAGCUGGCCAUCCCUAUCACGUGUGUUGACGAGUGUACCGAGAGGCAAAUAAAAAUAUUAACUGCA